AUAAACAUUCGUGGUCACACUGUUAAACCCAAAUUCGAUUUCGCUUAAAUUAAAGAGUUCUGUGUGAUUCUGCUUUAAGCCAUAAAGCCACAGAAAUAGCAUAAAGUCAGACUAACCUGUCCAUAGAUCCCGAUCAGUAGGCCAUCGAGUUUUCCACUUAAUUGCCCCGAGGUGACCAAAAUGAGCCGGCCAUAAGCAGUUUUUGCCAGCACGUAAUCCCCCAGAGAAUCCAAACUCCGAUACCGAGCAAACCCAGAGAAAUCCUUCAGCUGCCAGUUAAAAGAAGACUAGAAAACUCGAGGUAAACUGUAAACACUAGUGUGGAGAAUGGUCAGAAAGCAAGUUGGAAUCGAACACAGCGCAUCCUUAGCAGUUAGCAAGCAGCAGGAUCAAGGGGAGCAGAAUUAUAAGCCAGAGGAUCAGAAGCCGCAGGACCAGAAGCACCACAUCGACAUCGACUUGACGCCCGAUCCGGCUAGGAACAUAAACUUCGCCCAGCAGGCGCAGGCCACCUACUCCGCCCGCACCCUAGCCAACAGCCAUGAGCACGGCCAUCAACUCGGCCUCCAGCAUGCCCAUCUCGCUACCACGCCCUUGCCCUAUGACCUGCACGAGGUCGCCAGCUCCGGCUCCAUCCUGCCCACCGAGAUCCCCAUCGAGGACGAGGAGCGACUGGAGCGGAUCUUCAACAAGCUGGACCGCGACGGCGAUGGCAGGAUCGACAUCCACGACCUUUCGGCGGCACUGCACGAGUUCGGAUUGUCGAGCGUUUACGCGGAGAAAUUCCUCCAGCAGUCGGACAAGGAUCAGAGUGGCAACGUGGGCUUCGCCGAGUUCCUGCAUUACGUGCGGGAGCAUGAGAAGAACUUGGUCCUGCAGUUCUCGCACCUAGACAAAAACCGUGAUGGCAAAGUGGACUUGGAGGAGCUGAUUUCCGCAUUCAAGGACCUGGGCCUGGACAUUGACUUGGACGAGGCUAGGAAUCUGCUCACCAGAAUGGACAAAGACGGCAGCCUGAACAUUAGCUUUAACGAGUGGCGUGACUUCAUGCUUCUGGCGCCCUCAACGGACAUUCACGACUUGAUUAAAUUUUGGCGGCACUCUACUUACCUCGACAUUGGCGAGGAUAUGAAUGUACCUGAUGACUUCACACAGAAAGAGAUGCAGACGGGCCUCUGGUGGCGACACUUGGUGGCGGGUGGCAUAGCUGGAGCAGUUUCCCGGACGUGCACAGCGCCGCUGGACAGGAUUAAAGUGUACUUGCAGGUACAAACGCAAAGAAUGGGAAUCUCAGAGUGCAUGCACAUCAUGCUGAACGAGGGCGGAUCGCGGAGCAUGUGGCGAGGCAAUGGCAUCAAUGUGUUGAAGAUUGCCCCCGAAACGGCUUUCAAGUUUGCUGCCUACGAGCAGAUGAAGCGACUGAUCCGCGGCGAAGAUGGCAGCCGGCAAAUGAGCAUUGUGGAGCGAUUCUACGCGGGUGCUGCGGCAGGCGGAAUUUCCCAGACCAUCAUCUACCCCAUGGAAGUAUUAAAGACGCGCCUGGCGCUCAGGAAAACGGGUCAGUACGCGGGCAUUGCCGAUGCGGCGGUCAAGAUCUAUAAGCACGAAGGAGUGCGUAGCUUCUACCGUGGCUAUGUACCGAACAUACUGGGAAUCCUGCCCUAUGCCGGCAUCGACUUGGCGGUAUACGAAACUCUCAAGAGGCGAUACAUUGCCAACCACGACAACAACGAGCAGCCCAGCUUCCUGGUGCUCCUGGCAUGCGGCAGUACAUCGAGCACACUGGGACAGCUCUGUUCCUACCCGCUGGCCCUGGUGCGCACUCGGCUACAGGCACAAGCUGCCGAGACAAUUGCCAAUCAAAAGCGGAAAACGCAAAUACCCCUGAAGAGCAGCGAUGCGCAUAGCGGCGAGGAGACGAUGACGGGCCUGUUCCGCAAGAUCGUGCGGCAGGAGGGUCUGACGGGCCUGUACCGCGGCAUCACACCCAAUUUCCUCAAAGUCCUGCCGGCGGUGUCCAUCAGCUACGUGGUCUACGAGUAUACGAGUCGCGCCCUGGGCAUCAAGAUGUCGUGAGAUGUCUGUCCUAAUCUCGCUCCGAUCAGGUUAACUCGGCUCGGCCCGGCCACCCGGCAACGGCCCCGCUCUGCAGGGCGGAUCGGGCUGCGGCCGGGUAUACGGCUGGUGAUCCGGCUGACGCUGUGCUCCACUUUGUAUAGUAGUAGCGGUAGAAUAGGUCGGUGCGCUCGCCACUCGCUCUCUGCUGCAACGAGACAGUCUCGUGCUGCUUUCCUUAAUUGUAAAACAGGCCUCUUCCAUGUUCUGGGUUAUCAUUUUUAAGUUUUUAUAGUUGAAUUAGUUUGGUUAUUUUCUUAAAAUACAAAAUAAGUGAUACUAUGGCUAAUUUAUUUAUAAAUGCGAAUGAGAAAAUGUUACAUUUUGGCGCGUGGCAGACGUGAGCUAAUCCCACACAUUUCUUAGGCUAUCCUGCGACCUAUAAGUAGGUUUAGGCCACUCUAUCUCUUAAGUGCUAAUUUAUUUACAAUUGUACGUAGGAUACGUCGAGGGCAAUCAUCCUCUCGGUAAACUGCUAUAAAACACAUACCAAAAACGGAACCGGCUUCGAAAUGUUUCACGGGUUUUCAGUUUGUCCCAUCCGACUGCUUUCGAAAGCGAAAUAGCGUUAAUCAGAGUGAGCGAGGCAGGCUGAAUGUGAGGGAAUCGGAAAUCUAAUCGACGGUUAGACGGAUAUUCGGCAGCGUUUUAAGCUUAAACACAAAAGACAUUAAAACUACGAUGUACUCGUUUUUGCUUAGAUUAAUGGAUUACACAAAAUAAUGAGAAACACUUAACGUUUACAAUGUGAUGAUAAUAGUUUAUAAUAUACACAUAUACAUAUACCUACUAUAAUACCGACUUGUAAGCUCCGGAGCUGUCGCAGUCUUGAACAAGUUCGGCGGCGAGGCUGAAAUUUUGUAGCAUUUUAUUUGUUAAGUUUAGUAACACUUUCUCUUAGAUCGUAUUGCAAUUGAAGCCAACGAGAUUAAUUGUGACUAAAGCUAACAAACAAAACAAAAACACAACACCCACACACCAUGUAAUUUAUUUUAUACAUCAUGUGAAUCUUCUGAACCCGAACGCAAAAACCGACCAAUCUUAAGUUCAAUCCUAUUUUAUAUACAUUGUAACGGUUCUGAAUUUAAAAGUAUAUGUAUAAUUUUGUACCUUACUCUUAAUCAGCCAAUUGAAUCUUGUACGUCUCUAGCGAAAAUAAUGACUUUAAAUAUGAUUUUCUAUUAUCCCAAAACAUGCUUUACCACAGCACCGCAUUUUACUGAAGUCUAUCAAAGUAUAUCCCAUUUAAAUCAUUGGACUUAUUUAAAUAAUCUUGAUCAUUGAAAACCACGCAAUCAUUAUUCGAGCAAAUAAAUACAAAAAUUAAAAUAAAUUAAA